GGCCAAAGUGUCCCCGCGCUCGUCAUUUCGGUGUAAGCGCCUUUACUUCCGACCUUUCUUAUAAUUUUUUGGGUUUCAUGCCCUUGGAAAUGGCGGUUCAAUUCUCCAUUGCAGCUUUCGCUUCCAAAGAUCCUCUUUCCCUGUCCGCCAUUUCCAGAGCUUCCUCUUAGACCUUACGAAUUAUGAUUUGAAAAAAUGAAGCGCGUUUAUCACGAAAUCUCAGACGACGAGUGGGAAGACCACUCUUUUAAACCCUCCCGAGUUCUCGGCAAGAAGUCUCAAAACCCUUCUUCUCCACCUCCUCCUCCAAUUGAGUCUUUCUCCUUUAGGUCUUCGUCAAAGCUUGAAGUCUCUAAUCAGAGCAGCGACGAUUGCGUCGAGGUCGGGGAUGAUUUGGAGGACGACGAUGCGGAGGUCGCGCAUGUCAGGCCAGCGAAUCGUGGCCGUAGAUUUGUGAUUGAGGAUGACGAGAGUGAUGAGGAGUUACCCGAAGUGUUCGAGGUCAAGUCAACGACUGACGAGGAGGAUGAAGGAGAAGAGGACGAAGGUGCAGAUGAGGAUGAUGUGGUUGGGAAGGCUUUGCAGAAGUGUGCUAAAAUCUCGGCCGAGUUGAGACGAGAACUUUACGGUUCUUCCGUGCCGGCCUGUGAUCGAUAUGCCGAAGUGGAAUCUUCUUCCGUGAGAAUUGUCACUCAGGAUGAUGUAGAUGCAGCAUGUACAUCGGAGGAUUCGAAUUUUCAGCCCAUUCUCAAGCCAUAUCAGUUGGUUGGUGUCAACUUUCUUCUUCUGCUGCAUCGGAAGGGUAUUGGGGGAGCCAUAUUGGCUGAUGAGAUGGGCCUUGGGAAAACCAUUCAGGCUAUUACGUAUUUGACCUUGUUAAACCACCUACAUAAUGAUCCUGGUCCACAUUUGAUAGUUUGUCCAGCUUCAGUUUUGGAAAAUUGGGAAAGAGAACUUAAAAAAUGGUGCCCGUCGUUUUCUGUUCUCCAGUAUCAUGGAGCUGUUCGAUCAGCAUAUGCAAAGGAGUUGAACUCGUUAUCCAAAGCUGGAUUGCCACCUCCAUUUAAUGUUCUCCUUGUGUGCUAUUCACUUUUUGAGAGACACAGCGCACAGCAGAAAGAUGAUCGUAGGAUUUUGAAACGUUGGCAAUGGAGUUGUGUGCUCAUGGAUGAGGCCCAUGCUUUAAAGGACAAAGGCAGCUAUAGGUGGAAAAAUUUAAUGGGUGUCGCUCGAAAUGCAAAUCAGCGUUUAAUGCUGACAGGGACACCGCUACAAAAUGAUUUACAUGAAUUGUGGUCUCUGUUGGAGUUUAUGCUGCCUGAUCUUUUUAGUACUGAGGAUGUUGACUUAAAAAAAUUGUUGAAUGCUGAAGAUAGAGAUUUGAUUGGCCGCAUGAAGUCCAUUUUGGGACCAUUCAUAUUGAGGCGAUUAAAAUCUGAUGUUAUGCAGCAACUUGUUCCAAAAAUACAGAAGGUUGAGUAUGUGGCAAUGAGAAAGCAACAAGAAGAUGCCUAUAAAGAAGCCAUUGAGGAGUAUCGUGCAGCUUCUCGGGCUCGUUUGGAAAAAGGUUCAGAGAAUCAAACAAACAGCAUUUUUGGAGUUCUUCCACGAAGACAAAUAUCCAACUACUUUGUUCAGUUCCGUAAGAUUGCAAAUCACCCUUUAUUGGUGAGGCGUAUUUACAGUGAUGAGGAUGUUAUUCGUUUUGCUAGAAAGUUACAUCCGAUGGGUGCAUUUGGCUUUGAAUGUACAGUAGACAAAGUAAUUGCGGAACUCAAAAGUUAUAACGACUUCUCUAUUCACAGGCUUUUACUUUAUCAUAGUAUUUCUGAUUCAAAGGGUGUCCUUCAAGACAAAUAUGUGAUGCGUUCAGGAAAAUGUCAGGCACUGGCCGAACUUCUUCCUUCACUUAAACAAGAUGGGCAUAGAGUCCUGAUAUUUAGCCAGUGGACAUCGAUGCUUGAUGUCUUGGAGUGGACUUUGGAUGUCAUUGGGCUUUCGUAUAGACGUCUUGAUGGAAGUACUCAGGUAACAGAGAGACAGACCAUAGUUGACACAUUCAAUAAUGACACUUCUAUAUUUGCAUGCUUGCUGUCCACGAGAGCUGGAGGGCAAGGUUUGAACUUGACCGGGGCUGAUACUGUUAUUAUUCACGACAUGGAUUUCAACCCACAAAUUGACCGACAAGCAGAAGAUCGCUGCCAUCGUAUCGGUCAAACAAAACCCGUUACAAUAUACAGGUUGGUAACCAAGGGUACAGUUGAUGAAAAUAUAUAUGAGAUUGCAAAACGUAAAUUAGUUCUAGAUGCUGCUGUUCUUGAAUCGGGCUUGGAGAUGGACGAGGAAGGUGGUGAAACAUCUGAGAAGACCAUGGGGGAGAUAUUAUCAACACUUUUACUUGGUUAAUUGCCAUCACCAGUUUUUGCAUUAUGUACUUUUUGAUCUUUAGAUUAUUCACUAGUAGCCCCAUUGUUAUUUUUAUUAUUAGUUUUUGCAAAAAGAAGGGUACUAAAUUGAUAGUGCAGUGCACAAUGCUAUACGGGUCUAAAUUGGCCCAGAAAUGUUGUAGUAGUAGUAGUAGUAGUAAAAAUUAUUAAUGAAAAAUGCUCUGAUAAUUAAUGGUUCAGCAACUGCUAUUUAAUACUUUUUUUUU